CAGCAGGACAGAUCCUCUCUUGCUCUCUCUCCCUCUCCCUCCCCCUCGCUCUACCUCUCACUCUGCCUUUCAUACAUACGCCAGAACGCAGACUGCAGCAGAACGCAGAACCAGUAGGGUUUUCCAUCCUCAUACUGGAACAUAUGAGAAACGAGAGGGAGGCACAGAGGAAGGCAGACAUGUUAUUCAUGGAGGAUCCACUGAGGAGUACCUGACCCAUAAGCUGUCGAGUGCGUAGGUUUACAUCUGGCUUUAAGACGGAGCAGUGUGGGCUCCAAAAUCCACCCAUCCCUCCUUUGGGACUGGCCCCAUCCCUCACUACCAGCCCCUCAUCCUAAUAAAGGAUAGGAUGCCUGGCUCUGCGCCCCUGUGCUGAGGAGGCGUCAGCGGGCAGCAGUAUGGGCACUGUGCUGGUUGAUAUCCCCACCACCCCCUCCACCACCUAUCUGCCAUCACCACGCUGCCCCCCCAACACGGGCGCUCCAUCCAGCCCCGCUGAUGGGCGAAGACACUGACGCCACCCCGACGCUCAACCACCGCGGCUUCCUCCCCGACCACAACUAUGUGACUGAAGCUGAUAUCAUCUCCACUGUUGAGUUCAACCACACAGGAGAGCUCCUGGCCACAGGGGACAAAGGGGGCCGAGUGGUCAUCUUUCAGAGGGAACCUGAGAGCAAGACUGAGCCAUUCUAGGGAGAGUACAAUGUCUACAGCACCUUCCAGAGCCAUGAACCUGAGUUCGACUACCUUAAGAGUCUGGAGAUUGAGGAGAAGAUCAAUAAAAUCCGAUGGCUGCCUCAGCAGAAUGCUGCACACUUCCUACUUUCCACCAAUGAUAAGACCAUUAAAUUGUGGAAGGUGAGUGAAAGAGACAAACGGCCAGAGGGAUACAACCUGAAGGAUGAGGAGGGCCGCAUCAAGGACAUCUCUACUGUUACCUCCUUACAGGUGCCUGUGUUAAAGCCCAUGGACCUGAUGGUGGAAGUUAGUCCACGUCGAGUGUUUGCCAAUGCCCACACCUACCAUGUGAACUCCAUCUCCGUCAACUCUGAUUAUGAGACCUACAUGUCAGCCGAUGACCUUAGGAUCAACCUCUGGCAUCUGGAUAUCACCGACCGCAGCUUCAACAUUGUGGACAUCAAACCAGCUAACAUGGAGGAUCUGACAGAGGUGAUCACAGCAGCAGAGUUUCACCCCUACCACUGUAACCUGUUUGUCUACAGCAGCAGCAAAGGCACCCUACGCCUCUGUGACAUGAGGGAAGCAGCACUGUGCGACAAACACUCCAAAUUGUUCGAGGAGCCUGAGGACCCCAGUGCUCGCUCUUUCUUCUCCGAGAUCAUUUCCUCUGUGUCAGAUGUCAAAUUCAGCCACAGUGGUCGCUACCUGCUCACCAGAGACUACCUGACGGCCAAAGUCUGGGACCUCAACAUGGAGAGCAAGCCCCUGGAGACGUACCAGGUUCACGAUUACCUCCGCAGCAAGUUGUGCUCCCUUUAUGAAAAUGACUGCAUCUUUGACAAGUUUGAGUGUGCCUGGAAUGGAUCGGACAGUGUGAUCAUGACUGGAGCCUACAAUAACUUCUUCCGGAUGUUUGACCGUAACACCAAACGUGAUGUCACGCUGGAGGCAUCCAGAGAAAGCAGCAAACCUCGAGCCGUCCUAAAGCCACGCAGGGUCUGUGCUGCCGGAGGAAAGCGCCGUAAGGACGACAUCAGCGUGGACAGCCUGGAUUUCACCAAGAAGAUCCUCCACACAGCCUGGCACCCAACUGAAAACAUCAUCGCUAUUGCUGCCACCAACAACCUGUACAUCUUCCAGGACAAACUCAACUCUGAGAUGCAUUAGUGGACAGAUGGCGGCGGUGGAUAUACUAUAUUCAAGUUUACACCUACACACAACUAUGCCAGAAUGUACACAUGCAGACACAGUCUCACACAUCCGUGAAUAUGCCUCAAGACGCAGGAAGGCAAGAGUAACACACAGAAACACACUGUUGAUCAGAAGAUACACAAAUCUCGGUCUACUCACUGACACACUCCCUCACCUCCUCCCCAGCCUCCCAGAACUGAAAGGACCUCGAAAGGGCUAGAAAGGGAACAGGCUGGAUUAUGCAAUGGAUUAUGGAUUGCAAAAUAGUCUGAAUUGAGGAUUUAUUGAUUGUCAUCUUCUGGAUUGUGCGUGAUGGUGUGUUAUUGCUACAGCUCAGCUUCUGGGGGGGAUGAAACCCCCCCCUCCCCCAGACCAGAGAGACAUUUACAUGUUUGUCUUUUUUUCUUUUUUUUUUAAUCCUUCAGGCUCUCUUCCUUUCUCCGCCUCCUCCUCCUCCUCAGCCUCCUCCUCUCCUUUCUGUAUUUGGCCAUUUCUGUUCUGGAACAAAGCCUAUUCUUAUCCCUUGCCCACUGUUUUGUGUAACAAAACCCUCGGUGGUUGUUUACCAGAGGCACUGAUAAAAAACGGGGCAUUUAUGUAACUGGCUGUUUGAUUUCACAUCAGCUACCCGAUUUCUGUUUGUGUAACUUCUUCUUUAAAUGAUAUUAAUGAUGGUUAUUAUGAAGACAGUAACAGUUAAUGAUAUGUGUGAUGUGCAAGGAUGAACUCGGGACCCUCCCCUUAAACCUAAGUGCACCCAGACACCUCGAAUCUCUCCGUAAGUCAGGAGAGACAAUGUACAACUGGGCUUUGAUCAGUGAGCUAAAACAUUUACAGUCAGAAAGCAGAUAUUACAACACAGCCUAAUGUGAAAACACACAUUCAUAUCUGUCCCACAGUGUGUUUAACUCUAUAAUGUUUUCUCUGCUGAAACAUCUUCCCUGAUUGUGGAUUCUGCUUCUGGUCUCGGCCUGCCUCAUGUGCUACUUUACCAUAAAGUACAACUCAAAUCAAGCAAAAAAACAAAAACAAAAAAAAAUUUAAUAAAAAUAACCGAAAUAAUUUCAACAAUCAAGCAAAAAAGAUGCUGCAUGUCAAACAGAUUUAGCCUAGGUGUUUAUAAAUUGACUGACUGACUGACUUGGCUGCCUUUUUAACCAUUUAGACCCAGCUGUACAAAGGCUUCAGGGGCCCGGGGCCCCAUGCAGCACGAGUAACCAUAGAUGACCGAGCUCUCCUACCUUUGUUUGUGUCUUUGGACACUGAAGCAUGUUUACCAGUGUUCGGUUCAUACACUUACAUGUACAUUUUGAAUGAAGCCGUCCAAGAAUCAGUUUCUCCUCUGUGAAACUGAGAACCAAGAAGAAUGGGGAAUGUUUCUGAUUAAUGUUGUAUUCAAAAGAAAAAAAAAAGAAAAAAUCAAAGGGCCUAAAUGGUGUCUGUAUAUAUCAACUGUUUUUGACAUGUAUGAACUUUUUUUUUUUUUCUACAUGGCCAACCAUUCAUCCAUAAACGGACAGCGAAGUUGAUCAUCUUACUGAUGAUUACCCCCAAAGCUACAGCAGAGAUAGUACUUUAAUCUUUUUAGCCUUUCUCACUGAUUACUUUGCUAAUGUGCAGAAUCUUUUAUUUUUUGAAAUCUGUUUAUUAUUUUACUCAACCUCCUUGUGGAAACAUCCGUCAGGUUUAUUCAACGUCCAGUCCAAAAAAUGUCACAUAUUUUUGUGUUAAUGUAUGUUGAUGACAAUAUUGUCAACUGGACAGUUAUAAAUAAUGUUAAUAUGUUUUUUUUUCUGAAUAAAGAUUUCAGCGAAAUUGCA